UUUUUAAUCCAUUUCUUCCCGGCCGCAGCCCAUCGAGGUAUAUAAAGGUAGGCGAGGCGGAGGCAGGGAAGGUUUUGGAAUUUGGCCGCCGUUGCGCUGCGUGGGUGGGGAGGAGCAGGUGGAAGCAGCCGACUCCGUCCGAGCCGAAGCGGGGAGGCGACGCCGCUGCCGCGACGACCCCAGCGCACUACCGCUCGCCCGGUCCGCGAUUCGCCGCCUCGUGGGAGCCAGUUUGGCGGCGGCGGCGGCGGGGGUUCGGGCGAGGAUGAGCGGCGGCGGAGGAGGGGGAGCGAGGGGAGCGGCGGGGCCGGUGCCGGCGUCCGCGAGGAAGCUGGUGCAGGGGCUGAAGGAGAUCGUGAACCGCCCCGACGCGGAGAUCUACGCGGCGCUGCGGGAGUGCGGCAUGGACCCCGAUGAGGCGGUCAGCCGCCUCCUCUCCCAAGAUACGUUUCAAGAGGUAAAGAGCAAGCGUGAUAAGAAAAAGGAGGUUAAAGAAACACCUGAGCCAAGAUCUCGAGGAGCAAGUAACUCAAACAGUAGAACCAUCAGAGGUGGUGCAGACCGUACUGGACGAGGCAGUUCAGUUCAGUCUGGAUCAAGUGGCGCUGAUUACAUGACUUCAAGGUCAUCGAUAUUGGGACCUUCUGCGCGAGCAACCAAUUCCACACAGAAGCAAUCAGUUCCAAGCUUCUCUGCAAACAAAGAUGUGGUUCCUAAUGGAUCAGUUGGAUCACCGCAAUCAUCUUCUGGAUUUCAGCACAAUUGGUGUGGGGUGCCAGGUCAGAUGUCAAUGGCUGAUAUAGUGAAAAUGGGAAGGCCUCAAGUAAGGUCUUCUAGCAAGCCAGUGGCUGCAACAGAUGCAUCUUUUGCUGGUCAAAGCCAAUCUUUGUCUAGCUCUUUUAACCAGAGCUCGAAACAAUCUGCAAGCACAGACCUACCAACAACGUUUGACCAGGGAUUUCCUGCUCUUCAAGACCCUAUUCCUCAGAAUGUGAAUUCUAGUCAUGCUUCUGCUGAAAACCACCAAACACAUGAGAAUGAUUGGUUUCCACAGGAUGAGCCAGCACCGGAAACUCAAUCAACAAGCAUUGAGACAUCUGGUGACCCAUCGCUAUCUGUGGCAUCAUUAGACUCAUCUAUGUUGGUUGCUGAUGCUUCUAACUCUCGAGAAAAUUCUCACGCAGAAGAGAACAGCUCAACUGUAGUUAAAUCAGCAAUAUUAUCUGAGAGAAACUUGGAAAUUCUUGAGGAGAACAAUCAAUUCAAUGAUGAAUUAUUGCAGAACUCAAGUACAUACCAACCUGAAGUGCAUUCCUAUGUUGAUGAUGAAGUUGAGUUCUCCAAUGUUGAUGUAGAAUCAGCGGCAGCAAAGUUUCAGCAUCUAAGCGUACAGAAUGAAGAUAUAGCUGCAACUGAGUCUGCUGAAGAUAUUCCUGCCGUUAUACUUCCUGAUCAUCUACAAGUUGCAAGUGUAGACUGUGCGCAUUUGAGCUUUGGAAGUUUUGAAUCUGGUGCUUUUUCUGGGUUGCUUUCGUCAAAUGUCCCUAAAAACGGUUUGGAGGAGGUGCCUAUUGCAGAUGAAUCACCAUCAGUUAAUCAAAUAGAUGCCAGGAAUCAAGAUUACUACGACAAUGGUGCUCUAAAUUCUUCAGCAAAUGAGGAUGUUGAGACCAGAGUUGGUACUAACAUGGAGAAUAUUGAUGUACCUUCAGUUUCAGAGCCUGAUGUACUGAGGCAGGGUGCCCUAGAUGUGCCUGGUCUUCAAUAUAACCUGCCAUCAGUCUCUAGUCAUCCAUAUUCAAACACAACACAGCCAAGUGCAAUGGAUGACCCACAAGGAAACACACAAGCACAGAAUCUUUCCCAUUUUUCAAGCAUACUGCAAGCAAAUACUCUACCCAAUAGCUUGCUGGGGUCAAAUCUUACCCCUCUUCGGGAUUUUGACUUUUCACAGUUGCUGCAAACACAGUCAGCUACAAAAUACAACCCAUCUGUAGCAACUAAUAAUUUGCCAGCAAUCUCCUUGCAAGAGACUUUACAAGGAGGCUUCCCCAACACUCAGUCUACGCAAAAUCUUCCCAGUACGAGCAUUCCGUCAGGGCUUCCUCUCCCUCAACAACUGCCUGUACAUCCAUACUCUCAGCCAACUCUACCCCUCGGGCCUUUUGCCAGCCUGGUUGGAUAUCCAUACUUGCCUCAGAACUACUACCUACCAUCAGCGGCCUUCCAGCAAGCGUACUCAAGUAAUGGACCUUUCCAUCAAUCUGCUGCCCCUGCUGUACCUGGAGCUGGUAUGAAAUAUUCGAUGCCACAAUACAAGAGCAGCCCUCCUGCUUCAAGCUUACAUCAGCCAUCAUCACUCUCCGGUUAUGGAGGGUUUGGAAGUGCCGGUAAUAUUCCUGGAAAUUUCAGCAUAAAUCAGGGUGCCUCCGCUCCCACAACUAUGGGGUUUGAUGAAGCUUUAGGUACACAGUUCAAGGAUCCCAAUCACUACGUGGCUUUACAGCAGAGUGAUAACUCAGCAAUGUGGCUUCAUGGAGCUGCUGGUUCAAGAGCGGUUUCAGCUGUUCCACCUGGCAACUUCUAUGGUUUCCAGGGCCAGAGUCAGCAGGGUGGCUUUCGCCAGACCCAGCAGCCCUCUCAAUACGGAGGUCUUGGGUACCCAAGCUUCUACCAGUCACAGGCCGGUCUGCCACAGGAGCACCCCCAGAACCCCACAGAGGGAAGCUUGAACAAUCCACAGACAGCGCCGACCCAGCCAUCACACCAGCUCUGGCAGCACAGCUACUAAGGCUUGUGCUCUCGCGGGAGAAGCCUCUCUACACUGCCAGGUUACAUCCAUGCCUUGGCACACUGCGCCAUGAUGCGAGCAGACUAGCUGAUCUGCUGUCUUGAGCGCUGCUGAGCAGAGGAUGAUCCAUCCAACGGCGUUAUGCGUGUUGUUUUUCUUUUUCUUUUUAUUUCACUUGUUGUGUGUUUUCCGGGACUAAUUUCAGCUGUCGUUAUUUUACUCGAUAGUGAGUGAUGUUGCAGAGGUGCUGUCUUGUAACGGCUAAGUCCUUAACUCAUCUAACAGAUCAGCUUCUCAUACCCUGUAAUGUGCCUUUUUAGUUCUUUAUGCCCCUGCAGUUUCUA